CUCUCCUCGCCGGGGCGUUCGCUCUCGUUCCUGAGUCUCGCGAGCGUUACGGUGACUCGCGGAGGCUGUGCAGUUGGGUACGCUCUCGGCUAGUGUGACGCUAACGGGUGCAGUGACCAUGUUCCGAGCUGUGGCUCCUGGGCGGCUCCGGCGGGCGGCCUCAUUGCUACGAUUUCAGAGUACCCUGGUAAUAGCUGAGCAUGCAAAUGAUACCCUAGCACCCAUUACAUUAAACACCAUCACUGCAGCCAAACGUCUUGGAGGUGAAGUCUCCUGUUUAGUAGCUGGAACCAAAUGUGACAAGGUGGCACAAGAUCUCUGCAAAGUAGCAGGUGUAGCUAAAGUUCUGGUGGCUCAGCAUGAUGUGUACAAAGGCCUCCUUCCAGAGGAACUGACACCAUUGAUUUUGGCAACUCAGAAGCAGUUUAAUUACACACACAUCUGUGCUGGAGCAUCUGCCUUUGGAAAGAACCUUUUGCCCAGAAUAGCAGCCAAACUUGAUGUUGCCCCUAUUUCUGACAUCAUUGCAAUCAAAUCACCUGACACAUUUGUGAGAACCAUUUAUGCAGGAAAUGCUUUAUGUACAGUGAAGUGUGAUGAGAAAGUGAAGGUGUUUUCUGUCCGGGGAACAUCUUUUGAAGCUGCAGCAACAAGUGGAGGUAGUGCCAGCUCAGAAGAGGCAUCAAGUGCUUCCCCAGUGGGGAUAUCAGAAUGGCUUGACCAGAAAUUAACAAAAAGCGAUCGACCAGAGCUAACAGGCGCCAAAGUGGUGGUAUCUGGUGGUCGGGGUUUGAAGAGUGGAGAGAACUUUAAAUUGUUGUACGAUUUGGCAGAUCAACUACAUGCUGCAGUUGGUGCUUCUCGUGCUGCUGUUGAUGCUGGCUUUGUUCCCAAUGACUUGCAAGUUGGACAGACAGGAAAAAUAGUAGCACCAGAACUUUAUAUUGCUGUAGGAAUAUCUGGAGCCAUCCAACAUUUAGCUGGGAUGAAAGACAGCAAGACAAUUGUGGCUAUUAACAAAGACCCAGAAGCUCCAAUUUUUCAAGUGGCAGAUUAUGGAAUAGUUGCAGAUUUAUUUAAGGUUAUUCCUGAAAUGACAGAACUAUUGAAGAAAAAAUGAGCCAUGACCAUGUCUUAAGAAGGAAAAUUGUAUCAAAGUAUAUUCAGCUGAAAUCAUAGAAAUUCAUGGCUAACAUAACAAUCAUUGGAAAGUGUGGAGAGCUACAUUUUGUAAUUUGAGGAAAAAUUCUAACAGGCACCAGAAUGCUUUUUUAUGGGGUUAUUAUUAUGUUUCUUUUUAAUUAUUUGUGGUUCCAAACAGUUAUUUUUUGAAAUUUUCUAGUUCUGUAAUAAAAUAUAUAAUAAAGCCUUUCCACAGCUUUAAAACUA